AUGGGCACGAUUUCACAAGAUCAUGCCAAGUUGGACUCGAACACAAUUGCAGAUGCCAUUAGGCCGUUGGUCGAAGCAGACCCUUCAAUAAAGGUGAAGUCUAUUAUUGCAGAAGUUCAGUCCAGGUUCAACUACACUGUAAGUUACCGCAAGGCUUGGUUGGCAAAGCAGAAAGCUGUCGCAAAGGUUUUCGGUGAUUGGAAAGUUUCUUACCAAACUCUGCCAGUAUGGUUGAAAGCAACGACUGCGAAGAUGUCGGGGUCUCGUGUUCAAAUAAAAAUGCUCCCUGUUUACCGUGAGAGUGAGGAGGUUCAAAGUGUAAGAGUUCUGCAUUACAUUUUUUGGAGUUUCUAUCCGUGUAUUGUAGCAUUCAGACACUGCAAGCCACUAGUGCAGGUUGAUGGAACGCACCUGUACAGAAAAUAUAAAGGUGCACUUCUGGUUGCGGUUGCACAAGAUGGGAACCAAAACAUUGUGUCCGUUGCAUUUGUAAUAGUCGAGGGCGAGACGACAGAUGCAUGGGAGUUUUUCCUAACCAAUUUGCGGAGAUAUGUUGUUACCAUUGAUGGCUUGGGCAUUAUUUCUGACCGGCAUACCUCCAUCGAUGCUGCAGUAGCUCGCAGUAACGGUGCAUGGUCACCACCAAGAGCGUGGCAUAUGUACUGCAUCAGGCACAUCGGGUCCAACUUCUUAAGGAGGUUCAAGGCUCAGUAUUUGCAUAAAUUCGUGGUUAACACAGGUAUUUCAUUUCGCUAUUAUGGUUCUAUUCAUAGUAACUUUGUGGUAUCUACUUACGGAGCACUCGCCCCACCAAGAUCAUACCAGUGCUGA